UUGACAUAAUUUACCUUUUCUGAUUCGCAAUUCGCAAAGAUGUUAGUAAAUAUUGAAGAUCGAUUGAAUAACUUGUAAUUAUGUAUUAAAAUACAAAAAUUAUUGUGUAUUUUUAAUCGCAUUUGCUUCUCUUGCGCAUCUUCUCUUGCUAUCCUGCACCACCAAGUCUAGUAUCAGUCACCAGUUCUUGCCCUUGUUCUUGUUCUCCCCAUUUGUUUCUGGUCCCCUAUAACCCCCUCCAUCUUUACCUUGUCCCACCAUCCUUUUCUCUCUCUCCUAGCUUUCCAAGGGGGGUCUUCUAAUUUGAGGGGUACCCUCAGUGAUGACCGUUAAUGCGCAUUUCUAAACUUUUUUUCUUUAUUCCCUCUAAUAUUAAGAUUUUUUAUGCUUCUAAUUGGGUCUUUCAUCAUUCUUCCUCAGUUUGAUCCGUAUGAUUUUUGGUACCUAUUUCUUUUAAUUAAUGAAAUUCAUCCAUUAUCAGAUCUGGGUUAUACUCAUAAUAACGAUUAUCUUUUUGCUAACAUUAUUGUAUUAAUAUUCUCUCUCAUCUUACCCUUUUUUCUGGGUUUCUGUUUUAAUGGCGGAAUUUGACAUGGGUGAAUGUAGUAUCAUAUAUGAAAGCCUGCAAAGUAUGCACAUUUGAUGAAAAAUUCAUCAAUGUCGUCUAAUUUGAGUUGUUUGGAUGGAUGCAUUUGAAGUCCUACAAGAAUUUCAUAAAAAAUCAGCUGUGGAUACCUCAAGAAAAUCACUGGUUUCGGCAGAGAAGAACAAUGGAAUCGCCAGCACACGCCGGUCCCGGACCAGGGAAGUUAGCUCAAGAUACAAAUCACCCACACCUACAAAUUCACGGCGAUGUCCAUCGCCAAAUCUUAUCAGAAAUGCUAAUUCUUCAUUGCCUUCAUCGGGUCCGAAGAGGGCGGUUUCAGCUGAGAGGAAAAGGCCUUCCACACCUCCAUCGCCUCGGCCAUGGACUCCGGUAUCGGAUACAUCCACAGAAUCACAAUCAUCCAUCAAGAAAACAACAUCUAGUAGGUUGCCGGAGGUAUUAUGGCCUUCUACAAUGCGUAGUCUUAGCGUUUCAUUUCAAUCUGAUAGUAUUUCGAUUCCUGUUAGUAAAAAAGAGAAAGAAAAACCAGCUACACAUGCCCUUUCAGAUCGGACAUUGAAGUCAUCUUCAAAUGUAGCUCAAAAACAGGCUGAAUCAGCUGCUUCUCUUAGAAAACGAACUCCCGAUAGAAAACGGAGCCCAUUAAAAGGGAAGAAUUCGUCUCAUCAAUCGGAGAAUUCUAGACCUAUCGAUAGUUCACAAGCGAAGUUGAUUGAUCAACAUCGGUGGCCUAGUCGAACAGGUGGGAAAUUAUCUGCUAAUAUCAUGACAAGAAGUGUGGAUCUUACAGAUAGAAUGGGUAAAAAUUGUAAUCCUUCAAUGGACAGCAUAAGAACAGGAUCACCCUCAUUAAGGAGAAUGUCAGCAGAAGGUAUUUCUAGACUUUUACAUAAAGCUCAUAGUGAUGCUUCUGAGCAAUCAGAAUUUGAUGAUCAUGUUGGGAAAUUGGGGUUACGGAUGAAAUCAGUAGAUGAUAGCUUACUGAGGAUUUCUGCUCGGCACAAGGCAGCUAAUGGUUCAAUUUCAUCAGAAAAAGCUGCAAUUAGAUCUGGGUUAUUGCCUGGAUCACGGUUGCCUUCACCGAGUAGGGCUUCCGUUUCUAGAGUAACGCCUAGUCCUUCGAAAACGAGACCAUCUACUCCUACGCAAUCGAGGGGGGCUAGUCCUUCAAAGAUAAGGUCAUCUAGCCCUACCAGGCAAUCCAGUUGUACGACUUCGGUGCUCAGUUUUAUUGCUGAUAUUAAGAAAGGCAAGAAAACCAAUCAGUUAGAAGAGGCUCAUCAGCUGCGUUUGUUGUAUAAUAGACAUUUGCAGUGGCGAUUUGCUAAUGCUCGAACCGAAGCUGCUCUAUAUGUACAGAGAAUUACUGCAGAGCAAACACUGUAUGAUGUCUGGGAAACAAAUUUGGAGUUGUGGGAUUCCGUCAGAAGGAAGCGCAUCGAUCUGCAACAGCUGAAUCUUGAGCUGAAGCUAAACUCAGUGUUGAGUGAGCAAAUGGCGUAUCUAGAGGAUUGGGAUUUACUUGAAGGAGACCAUUAUACUUCUUUGAAUGGAGUUAUCAAAGAUCUCGAAGCUUGCACACUUCGGCUUCCAGUUACUGGAGGUGCAAAAGCUGAUAUAGACUCUUUGAAGGCUGCAAUCAGCUCAGCUGUGGAUGUGAUGCAAGCAAUGGGUUCCUCCAUAUGUUCUGUGCUAUCAAAGGUUGAAGGAAUGAAUGGCUUAGUUUCUGAGCUUUCUGAACUAGCAGGACGGGAGAGGGCCAUGCUUAACGAGUGCGAGGCUUUAUUGAGUUCAACAUCAACGAUGCAGGUGAAAGAAUACAGUCUGAGGACUCAGUGUAUACAAUCACAACAAGAUUUAAACAAUACAAUGCAUCCGUUAUUAUGGCCAACCUAAUCACAAUUCACUCCUUUCUGCUGCUCAAGCUAACAGUUUUUCCACUUUUCAUAGGUCUUAUCUUAAAGAAAGAAUGUAAAUUUAUUCUCUUUCUCCCUGUUUUCUUCUAUAUUAGGUCUUUUUUCUUACCUUUUUCUAUUUAUUUAUCUAGUAGGAAUUAUAAUUUUUUUAAUUUUCUUAUAAAUGAGCUGUUGAAAUGAGCUCUCUUUUCCAGGCUGCAUGUAAUUUUUUUAUCUCUAAAGGGAAAAAAGUUGUAUGAGAAAAAGAAAUUAGCAUUAUAUUGAAAGCAAUAUAGAAAAGUGAUCAAUACAUGCUACGCGUGAUUCUAAUUCAUACA